UAAGAGUACUAAACAGGGAGAGAGUGAGAGAGCAAGCGAGAGACAGCCCUCUUGGAGCUCUCAGGCACAAGUGAUGGAUUCAGCUCACCGCAAAGUGACAGUCUUUUAAAGCGCCAAAGGCAGCGCACGACCUGGCCUGGACUCGGGAUAGUAGCCAAAACUUCUCCUGGCCACAUGAGAGGUUUUUUUUUUUUUUGCGUGUUAUUUUGGGGUCUCAUUUUAAAUAGCCUUAAAGCACUUUUACCUGUGCACAGCUGGAAUUGACUGAGAUGACAGAGAGCAAGUAACCAAACGAGGACAGAGCGCAGGAGGACAAAGCCGGCUUGGGAUGACUUUGCGUCAAGAGGAACCACAGUGGGCUCAGCCGGGACACCGAGGCAACUGAGGGAGUCUAAUCAACGCGCUUCGGUUUUCUUGCUGGGUGAGUUGGACAGUCUGAUGGAUACUUCGACAACGGUCCUGCUGGGGCUCCUUCUAGCUUAUGGGCUCGUCUGUCGGAUUCAGGGGAGCGUCUCGGACAGCCACCACAGCAUUACGGGAGCCCAAGAGUUCGAGAGUAGCGACGAUGGUCUGGAGAGAGAAUUUCUCUAUGCUGGCAGGAGCAAACGUGCUCCAGCGGACCAGCAGCAGGACAAAUGCUCUUAUACGUUCAUUGUGCCACAGCAAAAAGUGACAGGGGCCAUCUGUGUCAACUCCAAGGAGCCAGAGGCCACGCUGGAGAAUCGGGUCAAUAAGCAGGAGCUCGAGCUACUGAAUGUGGAGCUGCAGAAACAGAAGAGGCAGAUCGAGACUCUACAACAAUUGGUAGAGGUCGAUGGAGGGAUCGUCAACGAGGUCAAGCUUCUGAGGAAAGAAAGCCGAAACAUGAACUCAAGAGUUACCCAGCUGUACAUGCAACUCCUCCACGAGAUCAUCAGGAAGAGAGACAAUGCCCUUGAAUUAGCUCAAGUGGAGAACAGAAUACUGAACCAAACAUCAGAGAUGCAAAUGCUUAGCAGUCGCUACAAAGACUUGGAGCAUAAGUACCAGCACUUGGCCUCUUUGGCCACCAACCAGUCAAGUCUCAUCGCCCUCCUGGAGGAGCAGUGCCAGGGUCGACCUCCUCCCCGACAAAUGCCCGUGCCUCAGCCGCGGCCGCAGCCGCCUCGACCGUCGCCGCCACUUAACAGGCCUUACCAGCCACCGGUUCUUCCUCGAAGUAACAAGCCACUCAGCAAUGAGAUACAGAACGAUCAGAAGUCGCUGCCCCCUCCGACUAUGCCGACCAUGACGCACGACCCGUCCUCCACUGACAAGCCCUCUGGUCCAUUUAGAGACUGCCUGCAGGCCCUGGAAGACGGCCACACCGACAGCGGCAUGUACUUGUUAAAACCAGAGAAUGCCAACCGUCUCAUGCAGGUGUGGUGCGACCAGAGACACGACCCGGGCGGCUGGACCGUGAUCCAGAGGAGAGUGGACGGCUCCGUCAAUUUUUUCCGGAACUGGGAAACGUACAAGCAAGGGUUCGGAAAUAUUGAUGGCGAGUACUGGCUCGGCCUGGAAAAUAUCUACUGGCUGACUAACCAGGGGAACUACAAGCUGCUGGUAACGCUGGAGGACUGGUCUGGCAGAAAGGUGUUCGCCGAGUAUGCCAGCUUCAGAGUGGAGUCCGAGGCGGAGUUCUAUAAGCUGCGAGUGGGUCGUUACCACGGCAACGCCGGCGACUCCCUCACGUGGCACAACGGAAAACAAUUCACAACACUGGAUAGAGACCAUGACGCAUAUACAGGUAAUUGCGCCCACUACCAGAAGGGAGGCUGGUGGUACAACUCUUGCGCCCAUUCGAAUUUGAACGGCGUCUGGUACAGAGGUGGACACUACCGAAGCCGUUACCAAGAUGGAGUCUACUGGGCAGAGUUCAGGGGAGGAGCAUAUUCGCUCAAGAGAGUCAUCAUGAUGAUCCGUCCAAAUGCAAACACUUUCCACUAGCUACAGAAGAAUAGCAAAACCACGUGCUGCAGUUCCCUGCAACAAAACGUAAACGUUCAAAGAUCCACAUCGUCUUUAUUACAAUAAUUGUGUCCCAUAAUGUUGCAAUCGGUGCAUUGCUCAGGUACAUUACUGUAGACUGCAGUGUGAAAUGUUUCUCUUAUGUCCGCACCUGUUUGCACCCACCUGACAGUAAAACUCGCUGCAAUUAUAUCACGAUCACAGCAGGCAGCUGGAACAGAAAACAUAUUUGCCCGUGUGUUAACAAACGCGUCAUGAAAGCAACGUACUGUAAAAAGUCUUCAAUUCAUCUGCAUCGCACCACAGGGAACAAACCACAAACAAUAUUUAGUUCAUUAUAUGGCUGGUAUAUUCCGCACACAACUGUACAUGGUUAUAUGACACUGUUCCUUUGACUUUUGUCUGACAGAAAAUACACACAUAUGCAUCCAUUUAGCUGUUUUCUAUGCCGCUUAUCCUCAUUGGCUGUGCUGAAGCCCAUCCCAGCUCACUUUGGCCCAGUACGCCCCGUGGGCCAGUUGUCAGCUCCUCGCAAGACACAUCCAAACGGACAGCCGUUCACAUUUUGGACGAUUGAAUCUCCGAUUCCUCUGAUAUGCACGUGAGAGGAAGCCGGAGAAAUCGCACGGAAGCUUUCCGGAGAAUGUUGUCCACUCCAGCGGAGGUGGUGGGGGCUGAUCCGGGAAUCCAAGACCCCACUCCCCCGACUGUGAGGCAGACUGUUGUUACCAGGACUUCACUGUAUUGCCACAAGGUCGGCCAUCAUUGAAAAUGAUACGGGAAAGGGAAUUACUUGCGUUAAGUAGAUUUCAGACAGAAACGUUCCAAUAUACUGUAUGUUCAACAGACACUAUGUAUAUCCAUUUGUACCUAUGCAGUCUCAGACACAGGAAAUAUAUCCCAUGAUUCUUACUUUUUUUCUUUUUUUUAGUUUCAUGCUGAAUAGAAUUUCAUAUUUCAUCAGAGCAGUGGCAUUGCUUUCUACACAGUUGGGCGAUCAGCUAAAGUCAAAACACGGUGCAAAGAUGUCGCAACUUUCACGUUCCCUGAUGUUUGACUUGUCGAUAUAGAAUUUUGAGUUAUGUUGUGAUGUGAUUUUGUCAAUUCUUCAACUGCUUGAACUGUUAAUCCACCGAUUCGCUUGUAUCGAUCAAGCGUUGUAUUUAGUGUAUAAAUCGAGCUUUGUUGUCAAUGGAAACAUGCGUUUGUACAUAAGAUAUUUGUAAUAUAAUGCAGUAAAUCCAUUUUAUUA